CCCAUCUGGGAGCUGGAGGGAUGGAGAUGCUGUUGUGGGGCUGGAUGUCAGCGUGAACCCCACCUAUUCCCGCUUCCCCAGCUCUGCCCCCAGCUCAUGGGAGCCUCUGGGAUCUGCACAAGAUGAUCACGAAGGCGACGGGGAAAAACGCUUUGCUGCAUUACUCCUUCUACGGCUGCUACUGCGGCUUUGGGGGCAAGGGGCAGCCCAAGGAUGCCACAGACAGAUGCUGCCAGCUGCACGAUACCUGCUACGAGAGCCUCCUGAGCCACCAGUGCAAUGCCAAAGCUCAGAGCUACCUCUACGACUGGGCCGGCAGCAGCCCCUCCUGCAGAAAGGGCUCGUGGUGCUCCCAGCUCUCCUGCGAGUGCGACCGCAGCCUGGCCCUUUGCCUCAAGAGAAGCACCGGGAGCUACAGGAGGAGCCACCGAUUCUACCCCAGGCACCGGUGCUGAUGAUGGGAGCUGGGAUGUGGGGCCGGCUUCUGCACCCACAC